AUGGCACAGAAUCACGAGGAUAUGGCCGCCGAGCUCCACGAAGAGUUCAACGAGCGCGUUCCUAACAAAGGCACCGACUUGACUGGCGGUUAUAUUGAAAAGCCCUCCUUGGAUCAGAAGCGCGAUCUCGCCGUCGGUGACACCGAGACAGGUCCUACUCCUGAUGGCGAAGAACCCAACGAGCAUGAGAGGCACACGUUGCGCCGCAUCGGCGAAAACCUUCCCGCUUCCGCUUUCAUGAUCGCCAUUGUUGAGUUGACCGAGCGAUUCACCUACUACGGUGCUCAGGGUUUAUUUCAGAACUACGUCAACAACGCCAAAGAUGGUAGUGAUGGUCAAAAGGGCCUGGGCAUGGGUCACCAGGCUGCAUUCGGUCUCAACCUGUUCUUUCAAUGGUUCUGUUACGUGACACCUAUUCUCGGCGCCAUCAUCUCCGAUCAGUACCUCGGCAAGUACAAGACCAUCCUCAUUUUCUGCUGCAUCUACUGGGUUGGACUCCUCAUCCUCUGGACGACAUCGCUCCCCGUUGCAAUCGAGAAUGGCGCUGGCCUCGGUGGUUUUGUCACCGCAUUAGUAGUCAUUGGUCUUGGUACCGGUGGUAUCAAGUCCAAUAUUGCCCCUCUGAUUGCCGAUCAGUAUCAGCGGCGAACUAUGGCUAUCAAGACAGAAGCCAACGGAGAGCGCGUGAUUAUUGACCCUGCCAUCACCUACCAGAGAAUCUACAUGGUCUUCUAUUGGUGCAUAAAUGUUGGCGCCCUCUCGCUAAUGGCCACGCCUUUCAUGGAGAAGUACGAGGGGUUCUGGACUGCGUUCCUCCUUUGCUUCUGCAUGUUCAAUGUUGGCAUUGCCAUUCUUAUUUUCCGACGCAAGUCCUACGUCAUUCGCCCUCCCCAAGGCCAAAUUAUCACCGAUGCUUUCAAGGCUAUUGGUAUGAUGAUCACGACUCGCUCCCUGGACGGAGCCAAGCCUUCAUGGCGCGCUGAGCACGGCAAGUCUGGCAAGGUUGCAUGGGAUGACCAUUUCGUUGACGAGCUCAAGCGUGCCCUCAGAGCUUGUAAGGUCUUCGUCUUCUACCCUAUUUUCUGGGUUUGCUAUGGACAGUUCUCCAGCAACUUCGUUACUCAGGCUAGUCAGAUGGAGGUACACGGCAUGCCCAAUGACUUCAUGCAGAACUUCGACCCUCUGUCCAUUUUGAUCUUUACUCCAAUCUUGGAGAAGAUUGUUUACCCCGUUUUGCGCAGGCGCGGCAUUGAGUUACGUCCCAUUACUCGAAUUACUAUCGGCUUCUGGCUGGCUGCACUUUGCAUGGCCUACGCUGCCAUUGUGCAAAAGCUGAUCUACAGCGCCGGACCCUGCUAUGAUCAUCCCCGCAAUUGCCCUGCUGGUUUGAGCGCUGAAAACAUAAAGCUGCCAAAUCACGUCCACGUCGCUAUUCAGACGCCAGCAUAUGUGUUCAUUGGUGUCUCUGAAAUCUUCAUCUCCGUGACUGGCCUCGAGUAUGCUUACACCAAGGCUCCCCCAAGCAUGAAGUCUUUCGUCCAGUCCCUCUAUCUCUUCACCAAUGCUUUUGGUUCCGCCAUCUCCGAGGGGUUUGUACCUGUCGCCAAGGACCCCAAGUUCCUUUGGAUGUACACCGGUAUUGCUGUCGCGGCCGCCGUGACUGGCUGCUUAUUCUACCUGUUGUUCCACCAUUACGAUGCCCAGGAAGAGGCCAUGUAUGCUCUUGACCGCGACGUGCCUGUCUUGACACUACCUGGUCAGGAACAAACUGAGAAGCCUGGGGACAAGGAGGUUGAUCCCAAGUAA